UGAUAUACAGACAGAGGUUCGACAAGUUGUAUCGGCCUCGAAGAUUGGAUUGAAGCUACAGCAUAAAGAUGAUCACUCCACUGGACAUUCUAUCCAUUGAGACUUGGGUUUUAAUCAUCAGCUUAUUGGCGUUAGGCAGAUAUUAUAUUCAUCGGAAAUGGCAAUACCUGAAAAAUAUUAAUAUUCCACACGAGCCUUGUUCAAUUCGAAAGUUUGGACACUUAUCUUAUACUUUCGGAGCGGAGGCAGCGUUGCGGUAUGAUAACAAAUGCAAAGAAAAGUUUGGAAAUGUGUACGGGACUUACUUCAGAAUUACCCCAACGAUUCACAUUCAUGAUCCUGACAUACUGAGACAAAUUUUCAUAAAAGAGUUUUCAAAUUUUGCAAUGCGCCAGCGUCGUUUCUUGAAGAUUAGCGGCGAAGAGUUGAACAGCAGUCUAACCAAUGUUGAUCUAAAACAGUGGAAACGUAUGAGAAACACACUGACACCAACUUUUUCAUCCGCAAAGUUGAGGCAAAUGACGACGAUAAUGGAAUGGUGUGCUGAUAACGCUAUUGUAUCAUUAAAUAAGAAGGUUGAGAACAAUGGGGGAGUUUUCAAUUCAAAAGAUUUCUUUUCUCGAAUUUCGUUGGAUGUGGUCUGCUCUGCAGCUCUUAGUACCAAAGUAGAUUCAAUUAACGACACUGAAAAUGAGCCCGAAAUUGUUAAGAAGGCUGAAGAGCUCAUGAAAGGUGGAGGAGUUUUGAGCAAGAUGUUUGUUUUACUUAUAGAUAAUAAUUUAUUGUAGUUUUCAGAUGGAUAUAAUAUUCUCAUAAACAUGAUUACACUUAGUCUAUUGUCACUCAAAUUUCGUGCAAAAUAAGUUUAUAACAUAUCAUCUAGUUUUAUUGUAUUUUGUAGACAAAGUGAAAAAUUGUGCUCUUUGGCAUCAAGUUAAAUAUAGAUUUACAUAUACAUAGUUGAAGGACGUUUUGUUGAUAAAUAACAAAUGAUACCACAAAUAUAUUUUUCAUGAGUAAUACUGUUGUUGUAUUUUGUUAGAGAAUGUUUUGUUACAUCUAGAUAUUUUGACCGUAAAUAGCUAUUCACUGAUAUUUGAUAAAUUUAUCCAAUAAACACAGUGUUGUCUGAGUUUCUCGAGAAGGUCUUCGAAAAAUUGAAUAUUCCGUUGGUUCGUGGUGAGUCGCUCAAGUACUUCAGGAGACUUCAAAUCACGUGAUAGA